CUGCAGAAUGGAGGAUGUUCGGUUGUGCCUGUUAUCUUCUCUCCACUGAGUCUGGUUCCUGGGAGGAAGGCAGAGGUGACUGCAGCAAGAAAGGAGCACAUCUGGUGGUGAUAGACAGCUUCGAAGAGCAGAAGUUCCUCUCCAACUUUACCAAAAACGCAACGUAUGCUUGGAUUGGUUUGACUGACGAAGCCGAGGAGGGAACCUGGAAAUGGAUUAAUGAAGCUCCGCUGUCUUUAAAGUACUGGCAGGAAAGUCAACCGGAUAACGGUGGUGGACAUGGCAAUCUCGGGGAGGAGGACUGUGCCCAUAUCAAAAUGACUGAAGGGAAGAGUUCCCAGAACUGGAAUGAUUUGCUUUGUAGUAACAGUCUGAGAUGGAUCUGUGAGAAAAUACUUUAGUAUCGGUGCAUAAUCAG